AUGCAACAAGCGUCAAUCAAGAAGCGUCAGCGCGCGUCGCGGGCCUGCGACUUCUGUCACAUGAGGGGACUCAGAUGUCGCUGGAAGACGCCUGGAUCCUCGCAGUCCACCUUGAAUGAUUCUAGGCAAGCAGGCUCUUCAGGGUGCCUGACGUGUGAGGACUAUGGCGCUGAGUGUACCAUGAAGAGGCCUGUGCAAAAGCGCGGCAGAAAGUCGACUGCACCAAACCCUCGAACGACUGAGAAUGUUCACACUUCAGAAGAUUUUGACCUUCAGAUGCCGAGCCCCUCGACCUGGUUGUAUGGUGCCUUGUCAUCGUGGGAAGAAAUCAAUUUUCGCUCAAUUGAUAUUGUCAAGCGUCUGGUGAGAAUAUACCAUGAUACUAUGUAUCCAAACUUUCCGUUCUUACCCGAGAAAGAUCUCUUGUCUCGGUGGGAUGAGUCUAUUCCAGACCCGGAUAGCCCGUCUUACAUGUUGCUCAUGGCACUCUGCGCCGUCAGCUCGCAAACCGCAUCAUUGAAUGCUGUGUUUGAUAACUCGCUCCUUCAGGGUGUCGUUAUUCCAGAUUCCGAGAAUUACUUCUACGAAGCGACGUCGAAGAUCCCUUUCCGUAUCGUGCAAUGCACAGACCUGGACUACCUGCGAUCAUUCGGCUUACUAGCCGUAUACUCAAUUCAACGUGGGAAUCAUAGCGACCUGCACCGGUACCUCGCUUUGUACCAUGCGCUUGUUGCACAACACGGAUUCCACGAGGAAAGCCGAUGGCCUGCAGAUCUCUCAAUAUCUGAUAUCGAUGACCGUAGAAGGCUGUUCUGGUGUAUGUAUAGACUAGAGAUACACUCGGCAUGCAUACUUGGUCAUGUUGUGCGGAUGCCAGAGUCGCAAGUUACCGUCUUUUAUCCGCGGAUAACCCCAUCAACUGAAGCAGAUGCGCAAGCCUGGAUCUCAGGCUGGGACUACAUCACGGAUCUCUUCAGAUUACUGGAGUACGCCAUUUUCUGCCUGAGAGCUUGCAAGUCACGCAAGGCCGUUUUGGCACCGUUUUGCGACCGACCAUCUCCUGCAACCCUACUUGAUGCGCUCGCACGUCUGAAAGCCGGAAAGCCCCGCAUACUUCUGGGAUUGGCGCAAGAUCAGAAUGACUUUCAGAGCAACAGAUGCAGAUACCUAGCUGUUCAAAUUAUGUGUACCGAAACUCUUGUGAACAUCAUGGCUUUACUGUAUUGUCAAGCUCCCGCCGAUGAGAUGAUGAAUCUUGUUGAAGAGUUUCUCAAGGAGGUGACGAAAGUAUCCCUCAUACUCUUCAAGGUUUCAGGCAGUCCCCUGGUUCAUCAACUUGUGGGGGUCGGACAUAUGCUCCAUAACGCUUCGCAGCAAGACAAUGGUCGGUUCCUAGGACAAGCUAAACGAUUGAUCAUGAAUCUGAGCAAUCUUGUCAAGAGCUUGAAAGACCACAUACCAUCAGCUGCAGAUUCUGGCGACAGAUUAUGGAAGCUGGCCGAAGGUACAUCUUAG